UGCGCGCUCUCAGCUCAGGUUCGGCCGGCCAGCAGUGUAUAUUGAACCAAACAAAGUACUGGGACUCACGCCGCAGAGGCCGAAUGACACCAAACUGACACCAGACCGAGCACCUUUUCAAUUGCUGUCUUUUGUUUUUAUUUCCGAACUAACUAGUUUAAAGUGACCAGAAAUGGGUCCCGGAUAAAUGAAAGAAUAUUCCAGAAACACCGUGGACUACGGGGUUUCGAGUGUGGGCAGGCGCGGCCGUGAAGGAGCUUAGCAGCCGGGAGAAGCAGAAGGAGUCGCCCCGGCCAUUGUGUGCUAGCAACGGAAUCCAAAUUUCGCCAAACUGCAGCCCCGUCCCCGUCCCCUUAUCAGCCUUCCUGAUUCUGUUCUGGGAGAGUUCAGACCAGUAUCAUCGCCAAGAUAGCUGGGCCAGGCAGGAAGAGGCACACCUCAGAUCCAGACCCCAGCAGCGGUAGUGAUUCCGGCGACGGGCGGCCUGUUAGUGCCAAGUGCCUGAAGAUGGCCAGCAGCGGCGGUAGCGGUGUGGCUGGUAGUGAGACAGUGGGCCGUCGUGGUGGGGCUCAGCAGAGAGGAGGCGGCGGUAGGGACAACAGCUCAGACUUGUCCUCCAGUACCAGUAAGAAGAAGCAGAAGGACAGAGCCAACCAGGAGAGCAGAGAGGCCAAGAGAGCAGCUGCAGCAGUAGACGGGGUUAUUGCAGAGGUCAAGAAAGAUGUGUUUGUGGACUGGAAGCAGAAUGUCAAUGAAGUGACUGUCAGACUGCGCUGUGGGGAGGGGGUGCAGAGGAUAGAGGACAUCAACACAACCUUCACUGAUACACACUGCCUUGUGUGCUUCCCUGAUGGACGGCAGUGGAGCUGCCAAUUGCAGGAGGAGAUUGAAGCCUCAUGUAGCAGAGUCCAGUACAAGGAGAAGGGAGGUUUUCUUCAUGUCAUCAUGCAGAAGAAGAUUCCCUUUCACAUCUGGCCUUCGCUUAAGUCAAACAAGAAGGAGAAGGAGGCUGUACCCAUAGAGACCAAAAACGACAAGGAGUUGGAGAUAAAGCCUGUUGCCUUGGAUUCAUCAGAGAAACCCAAACUGUCCGCCUCGCAGCCACAACUCCAGUCUCCAUCCUCACCUGCACACAGCGAGUCCAGACGCAGUGGUGGCAAAGCCGAGCGGGGUGUCAAGCGCUGCCUGAAAAACAAACCAGCGUGUGACAAAGCCACUGCGGACUCUGUAGGGGUGAAAGGUGGAGCUGGAGAUGGCUCAACCACCACCAGCAAGCCUGUUACGGUCACCAGAGGCGAGCAGCAGCCUCAGGAACCCAGUGCCAAGCGCACCAUCGUACAGCCGCCCAAAACCAGCAAAGAGGCCACCGAGUCACCGGCCGAAAGGGACUCGCACUCUGUCAAGUCUGCAGUAGCAAAUGGUAAAGCUCCACGCACACACCCGCCCGCUGGUCGGAGCCCGCAGAUGCAACGCAGAGAUGGAGACAACAAAGCAGAGAGACUAGGCAGUGGCCAGGAACAGGAACCAGGAGUUUGUGUCGCUGCUGCCAGCCAUACCAACAAAACUCAGGUGGCAGAGAAGCGAACCCAGCCUUCAGACAGGUCAGGAGCAACAGCAUGUGGCAGUGCUAGCCAACCAGCAGCUCCCAUCAGCACCAGUGACUGCCUCAAACCCGAUCUGGAUUCCGCUUUGCCAGAAACGCUGGGAGAUAGAACUAACUCUGAGCCAGAGAAAAGGCCUGUUGAGAAGGAAUCGGAGCAGGAUUCUCUGAUCCGCCAGCAGCUUGGGUCAAGAGAGGCAAGUUCGGUACCAGCUGCAGGAGUGGCUGCCAAACAAGGCCAGUCACCCAGUCUAGCCCAGAGGCGGGGCAGCUGUGACGGAGAGGAAAAGCGGGACCAGUCGAAGGAGGAGCCACCUCUGGAAUUAAAGCAACAGGAAGCCCCAGAGCCGAUGGUUAACUUGCAACUUGUGAAGAAUGAUUCGUAUGAGAAGGGGACAGACCUGAUGGUGGUUAAUGUUUACAUGAAGGGGAUCUGCAGGGACACGGCCAGGGUCAUCUUCAGGGAACAGGAUUUCACCCUCAUCUUCCAGACAAGUGAUACUAACUUUCUGCGGCUCCAUUCAGACUGUGGACCGAACACGGUUUUCAAGUGGCAAGUCAAACUCAGGAACCUGAUCCAGCCUGAGCAGUGCAGCUACUCCUUUACCCCGUCUCGACUGGACAUCACCCUGAAGAAGAGGCAUAGCCAGCGCUGGGGGGGUCUGGAGGCCCCUGCCACACAAGGUGCAGUGGGUGGCGCCAAAGUCGCUGUGCCCUCCAGCCCUGCCUGCAUGGAGAAGAGCCAGCCAGGCAGCAGCCAGCACAGCCUGCCAGCCAAGGAGGAACCUCCAAGAGUCGGGGAGGAGAAACCCAAGCCCCCUAAGGCCUCAUCCAGAGGGGAUGAUGGCGGUCUGGACACUGUGGCUCCUCGCACCGUCUCUGAGCACGUUGCUAUCACCAAACCAGAGCCCACUGUUACCACGCCUAAACCUACCUGCAUGGUGCAGCCCAUGACACACGCACCUCCUGCCAGCAAUGAGCGCCAUGAAGAAGAAGAGGAGAAGAAGGUGUGCCUGCCUGGUUUUACAGGAUUGGUCAACCUCGGCAACACCUGCUUCAUGAACAGUGUCAUCCAAUCCCUGUCCAACACCAGAGAACUCAGGGAUUACUUCCAUGAUCGAGCAUUUGAGGCAGAAAUCAACUGCAAUAAUCCACUGGGAACAGGGGGCAGACUAGCCAUUGGUUUUGCUGUGCUGCUCAGAGCCCUUUGGAAAGGAACACAUCAUGCCUUCCAACCAUCAAAACUCAAGGCAAUUGUGGCCAGUAAAGCCAGUCAGUUUACGGGUUACGCCCAGCAUGAUGCUCAGGAGUUCAUGGCUUUCUUGCUGGAUGGACUGCAUGAGGACUUGAACCGCAUCCAGAAUAAACCUUACACAGAGACGGUAGACUCUGAUGGAAGGCUGGAUGAGGUGGUGGCGGAGGAGGCGUGGCAGAGGCACAAGAUGCGAAAUGACUCUUUUAUAGUGGACCUCUUCCAAGGCCAGUUCAAAUCCAAGCUUGUGUGCCCUACAUGCUCCAAGGUGUCUAUCACCUUUGACCCUUUCCUUUACCUGCCUGUGCCCUUGCCCCAGAAACAAAAGGUGCUCUCAGUUUUCUACUUUGCUAAGGAACCUCAUAAAAAACCCAUCAAGUUUUUGGUGAGUGUGAGCAAGGAGAACUCCAGUACUGCUGAAGUCCUCGAAUCCAUCUCCAGGAGUGUCAGGGUCAAACCGGAGAACCUCAGACUGGCAGAGGUUGGGAAGAACCGCUUCCAGCGCAUGUUCCUGCCGUCCCAUUCCUUGGACACGGUGUCCUCCUCUGACAUGUUGUUCUGCUUUGAGGUGCUUUCCAAAGACAUGGCCAAAGAGAGAGUGGUAUUGCUCAGAGUGAAGCAGAGACUGCAGGUCCCUAACAUCCCCAUCUCAAAGUGUGCUGCCUGCCUGAAGCCCCCAGGGUCUGAGGAGGACAAGCUGAAGCGGUGCACUCGCUGCUAUCGUGUGGGCUACUGCAAUCAAAUGUGUCAGAGGACCCACUGGCCCAAUCACAAAGGUCUGUGCCGACCCAACACAGAGAACGUGGGUCUGCCCUUCCUGGUCAGCGUGCCGGAGUCUCGACUCUCCUAUGCCCGCCUCACCCAGCUACUAGAGGGUUACUCUAGGUUUUCUGUCAACGUGUUCCAGCCUCCUUUCCAGUCAGGCAGGACAUCCCCCGAAACAUCCCAGUGCCGGGCUGACCUCCCCCCAAUGCCAGCAGGUUCUCCCGAGGGUCUCGGGCCCAGGGAUGAGGCCAUGGGUGGGAGCAGUACUGUAGAAGGUGAUCCCGAGCUGGAGAGCCACUCUCUGCUGCCUGAAUCGCAGGCAGAGUGUGCCCAGGCCUCAGCCCCUCACUCUGGAGAAUCCGAUUCCCUUUCCUCCUCCCAGACCUCUGUCUCCACCACCCGGACUACAGAUUCAGGAUUCUCUGAGCCAGUCUCCUCCGCUUCCUGCUGUUCUCUGGACCCUCACUCUGAAAAAGAGACGUCCUGUGAGAAGGCAGUGCGUCCAGAAGCUGCAGUAACAGGGUAUCAGCAUCCAAGCGAGUCAGCAUCAGGUCAUGCCAGUCAGUUCUACAUAGCUCUGCUGGACUCUAACAGCAAGGAGCAGAGGCUGGAUGAGAGAGAGGAUGCACUGGCAGACCUCCCAGAGGAUGCGACCCUGGAGCUGGUGUGGAAAAAUAACGAGCGUUUGAAGGAGUACGUCCUGGUGAGCUCCAAGGAGCUGGAGUACGAGGAGGACCCCGGCUCCCUGAGUGAGACAGCCAGAGCAGGACACUUCACCCUGGAGCAGUGCCUCAACCUCUUCACAAAGCCAGAAGUGCUGGCACCAGAGGAGGCAUGGUACUGUCCAAAGUGCCAGCAGCACCGAGAGGCCUCCAAGCAACUUCUGUUGUGGCGUCUGCCCAACGUUUUGAUCAUCCAGCUCAAACGCUUCUCCUUCAGGAGUUUCAUCUGGAGGGAUAAGAUUAACGACAUGGUUGAUUUUCCCGUCAGGAAUCUGGACCUGAGUAAGUUCUGUAUCGGGCAGAAGGAGGAGAUGCAACAACCCCCUAUCUACGACUUGUAUGCAGUCAUCAACCACUAUGGAGGAAUGAUAGGAGGCCACUACACGGCCUACGCUCGCCUGCCAAGUGACAAGAACAGCCAGCGCAGUGAUGUUGGCUGGCGUCUGUUUGAUGACAGCACCGUGACAAUGGUGGAGGAGAGUCAGGUGGUGACGCGCUACGCCUACGUCCUGUUCUACCGACGACGAAACUCCCCCGUGGAGAGACCGCCACGCUUUCUCAGGCCCAUGGGAGCCGAGUCGCCCACCUCUGCAGGAGCUACUGCCAGCCAGGCCUCUCUGAUAUGGCGGGAACUGGAGGAAGAAGAGGAGGGCCUGGACGAAGGCCCUCCUGGACUUUUCCGAUCUGCGCUGCGGAGGGGACAAACGUCGAGGAACAGAGAUGAGGAAGAUGAAAACAGAACCGACGGGUCGGUACGACGGCACGGCAGGCGGAGGAUGUCGGACUAUCCCGACGAUGACUGCGUGCGUUACUUUGUUCUUGGCACCCUGGCAGCCGUGUUUGCUCUGCUCGUCAAUUUGGUCUACCCUCUCCUUUACAAACUGGACCUGAGCAGUGGCUAGAUACUGGCUUGCUUCAGAAAUAUAAAAAUAGGUCGGUUUGACAGGAAACCUGGGAAGAGGAAGUUUUAGACUUAAUCACUCCUCUUGAGACCCAUUGGUCUUCAGCUAGUAAAAUGGUUCUCCAUCCUGCCCAACACUUGAAGUGUAUGUACAACUUUACAUGGCUCAUCCCUUUAAAAUACUUGUGGCACUACUCCACACAUGAAAUGUCCCUGUCACCAUAAGAAAACCUUAAAAGCUCCAGUAGAGUGUUACUAUCAGCAUACAGUGCCGGUAUAUUGGGUGUUCACUAUACACUACAUUGCCUCUAUGCAUUGUAUUGACUCUUUCUUCCCGUGUAUGUGUGUUUGUUGUAUGUCCCAUUUUUGAAAAUAGUUCGGACGAUGAGCUCUGACAGCCUUAAACGCAGAAUGAGUAGGAUUUGUCAGUUGUGGUUUGUAAAAACAACAUUUAACUUUCGCCGCAGCUCAGUGUCUCCUCUUGGAUGUGUGCUUACGAUCUGGCACCUGGUCACUACUACUUUAUAACCCGCCCUACUGGGUCACACACCUGCUGCCUAAAUAAACUACAGGCAGAGGGCAGGGUCUCUGCAGAUAGGGACAUCACCAUGCACUGGUAGUGGGUCAUAAGGGAGUAAUAGUGAUUAUUUUUGUAUGACUCUAUGCAUUGUUGUUUUUAUUAGGAAAAUCCUACUCAUUCUGCCUUUAAUCACCUUCACUAAUAUUCCAUCCUGGAGCUUAUAGUUGAGCAUGGAAGUUCAUUCUUCAGUUUGGGAGAAAAAAAGGGCAGGAAGACAGAUCUAUGUUGUCAAAAGUUCUGGAUAAAGCUAGUAAGCUGACCUUUUUUGUUGAGGGUAUUUUUUUUCCUCACAAAGAAACUAUAUAGUGGUACAGUAAUGUAUUGAAUGCCUCUGAGCUGAUAUUUCUGACAAAAUGUUUCUAGUACAAAAAGAAAGAGGAAGAGAAACUAGAGCUGCUGUUGAAGGCCUACUUUUGUUUUUAUUGCACUACACUUCAGAUAAUAAGAUUGCAAAUUCCUGCAGUAUGAAUGCAAACAGAUGAAUUGAGAAUGAGUGAGAAGAGACACUUCAACAGUGACUCAUUUUUAAAGAUAGAUCAUGAAGUAAAGAGAACGCUCUAUUUUUUUGUGUGACCAAUGGCCUUUUUUAUGUCAAAUUGAUUAAUGGGCCUUAAUUAAUUUGUUUGUGUCCAUCCACCAUCAUGUUUUUUUAAAUGGCUUCCUUCAGCAAUAUGUACUGUAGUUUGCUGUCAUUGUUUUAUUUUCCCUAAUAUUUGAUUUGUCGUUUUUUAUGUUUUAGUUGCUUUGUACCUAAUAUUUUUAAGCCAUAGACAGGUAAUGGUCUCAAUUCUCAGGAUGAAAUAUAAACAUGUUGCUCUGUCUUCUGUAAAAUUCUACUAAACAAGAUGACAUGCAGUCUUGUCACAGCCAAGGUAAACUAUGAGUUUGCAGUUAUUAAGGAACUACCGUCCACCUCUGAAUGUAAUGUUUUUCAAUGUGUUAACACUGUUUUCAGUGGAAAGCUGAGCGGAGUACUGAUUAUGGACAGUUUUGGAAAACAUUCAAGUUGAAAUGAACAUUUAACUUCAGUUCAGUUCCACCUGUCACAUGCAGAGUAUUUUGAUAUUCUCUUCAUUAAACAUUCAGAUUGUAUUCAUUAAGUUAAAAAAAUCUCCAAAUCUUUAUCACAUACAACAGCUUAAAAAUUCUGGAUGAUUUUUUUUAGUGGAUCAUGAUCAGUAGUUAAAAUAUGAAGGGUUUUUAACUUUUUAAAGUCUUUUCCAAACUGUCCACAGAGUGUGUGUGUGUGUGUGUGUGUGUGUGUGUGUGUGUGUGUGUGUGUGUGUGUGUGUGUGUGUGUGUGUGUGUGUGUGUGUGUGUGUGUGUGUGUGUGUGUGUGUGUGUGUGUGUGUGUGUGUGUGUGUGUGUGUGUGUGUGUGUGUGUGUGUGUGUGUGUGUGUGUGUGUGUGCCCACAGCUCCCCUGGUAUGGAGGCAGUGUACAGUGGCCCAUGUUUGCCUUAAAUGCUCAGCAGAGCUCAGAGUGCGUACUUGACCCAGAUAUAUGCAAGACGGAAGUCUGUCCACUUUUAAUUCCCUAGAAGGUAUAGCUUGUGCAUACAUUACUAUGUGGAGUUGUGUGAAGUUUACCAGUACCCAACGUAAACCGCAGUAGUGGGAUCAAUGGAUGUUAAACUCCUCUAGACAGUUGAGGUUCAACUUGAAGGGGGUUUCAGCACAAACUGCACUGUUUUUAAACCUAUAAAUGCUGUUGGAUUUUUUGAAUUGAUUUUAAAUGAACCUGACUGAAGGAUGUAAUAUGUUUAUGUUUGUGGGUACUCUAAAAUGAAUUAUUAGUACAGUUAAUUCCUAAGCCCCACCCCUUUCUACUCUGUGCUCCUCUAACAGCUAAGAAGGCCUCUGUCAACGUUCUCCUUUCCUCUACUGAGAUAUGCUAUGUGCUAGGCUCGUCUACGUUGAACAGACAACCACAUUUUGAAGAUGGUUUAAUGAUUAAAGCAACAGAUAGUCACAUCUUAAGCUAAUUCUAGCAAACACUGCCUAACUAGCUAGCAAACGCAUUUGUUUAACUUGACUAGUUCGCUAGCAUUUUGCUAACAUUAGCUAUCAGAUGUAAGUAGUAAGACUUUAUUGAUCCCUUUGGGAUGACUCCCUCAAGGAAAUUGAAUAAGUAAGCUAACAAUUCAUGUUAAUUAGCUAACUAGUUAGCUAGCUAAUUGCUCUGUAGAAAACACUAGCUAGUUAUUGGAGCACAGAGCAAAUAGGGGCGGGACUUAAAAAGGGUCCUUUGGAAAGAAUAAUCCUGACUUGUAUUUUGUAAUGAAAUGUCUGUAAUAUACUUUGAGUCACUGAGUUGUUAAUAUUAUGCAAGUACUGUAUUUUAAAAGAAAAUCAUAACCUAUUUUAAUUUCUCUGCAAUAAUGUAUCUUGAUACCUCCAUCUAAAUGCUGCUUUCUGAUCUAUAAAGCAUUGUACACCUUUUGGAAAUAAAAUCUCAUCAUCUGUU